UUCAAAUCUUUCCACCCCAUUUGAGAAUUCAAAGAUAUUAGAGAGAGAGAGAGAAAUCUAAAGGGUUUUUAGCUAAUUAGGGUUUUGUUUGGAUAAAUAUAUAUAUGACAAAGUGUGGAUAGAAAGCAACACACAAAAGUGGGUUUGAUUCUCUUUGAAAGCAUAAGCUAAAAAAAAAGGUGAUAUAUUUUUAUAGAGAGAAAUUUUUGUUGAAGAGAAAUGAUGGGUGGAAACCCUAGUAAUUGGUGGAACAUGUUUCCAUCAAAUUCUCCUCAAUGUGUUCUUGGAUCAUCUUCAUCACUUCCUUUGAGUUCCAUGGCUGAUCAUCAUCAUAAUCAAGACCCCAAUUCACAAUCAUGGAGUCAAUUACUUUUAGGUGGAUUGCAAGAAGAGGAUGUUGUUGAUGAAGAUAAGUUGGGUUUGAAUAAUAAUUUUCAACAACAAAAAAAGAUGGAAAAUUUGGAAGGGAGAAUAUUCAUUCCAUUUUCAAGAUUUGGAGUUGGUGAUCAUCAUCAUCAUCAUCAAGAUCAUAAUAAUAAUGAUCUUGAUCAUCAUCAUGAUCAGAUGAAACAAGAAAUUACUUGCUCACAAAAUAGUAAGAGUUUGGGAUUUUUAUGGAACAAUAAUGAAAAAGAAUUAUCAUCACCUUCUUCAUCUUCUUCUUCUUCAUCAGCUAAGCUCUCUCAAAUUACAAGGCCACUUACUAUUUCUUCUUCUCCCAAUUCUUCUAUCAAUAAUAAUAAUGCUUUAUUGGAUUUCUCUUUCAACAAAGUUGAUUCCAAAAAUCAAAUCCUUGAUCACAAUUUUUCAUCUGAUCAGUGUGCUAGUCCAACCACCAAUGGGGGAGUGUGGAAGAAGGCUAGGGUUCAGCCUUCCUCCGGGCAGCCUCCGGUAAAGGUGAGAAAGGAGAAGGUAGGGGAUAGAAUCACAGCUCUCCACCAGUUGGUUUCUCCAUUUGGAAAGACUGACACUGCUUCUGUCUUGUCAGAGGCUAUUGGGUAUGUGAGAUUCCUUCAGAGUCAAAUUGAGGCUCUUAUCUCUCCAUAUUUGGUCAAUUCAUCAAAAUCCACAAAGAAAAAGGAGCAACUUAGAACAUUAAAUGAUGGAAGAAAUUAUUUGAGAGAAGUUGAAGAUGACAAUAAUGGAAGAAGUUGUGUAUUUGCUGAAGAUCUUGGUCAGCUCUUGAAUGACAAUAGCCUGAAAAGAAAACUACCUCCUUCCCAGGAGGAGGAUGAAGAAGAAGAGAAAGCAGCAAAGGACUUGAGGGGUAGAGGGCUGUGUUUGGUACCUGUAUCUUGUACACAACAUGUACAAAGUGACAUUAAUGGAGCUGAUUAUUGGGCUCAAGCUUACAAUCACACUUUUUAAACCCAUCUUGAUCUUUUUACUUCAUUACCUGCCCCAAACAUUGGGGAUUAUAUGUAUUCUCCAUAUGUUAAUUAGGAGUUAAAAGCUAACUUUUUCCUUUUUCCUUUUUCUUUUGAAUAAACAUGUUUAAAUCCCUCUUUCAUCUCUUCCCCUAUUUUUGUGAUAAAAGUGUAAGUGGUGAAUUUGAAUCGUCUAAAUUUGAGUUAUAAUUUCUUUUUUACUGUAUUAAAA